UUUAGAGGCGCUCGACGGAGUCUUCAUGAGGAACACAGGAGCAUCUUCACCAAUUCUUGCAUCGGGUUUUUUAAUUCAAAUUUUGUACACAGACUGACGACGUAAACAUACCUGAGGAUUAACAACAGUGGACACGAAACAAAACCUUUUACAGAGACUGACAGUGGAUACAGAAGAAUGAAUUUAUCAUAUUUAUACACAUUUUUUUUCUUGCUGUCCGUCUUAUCUUUGCAUGACUGUAACGAUGCUGGACAGGGUUGUAUGGAUAAGCAGAAAGUGAUGGUCGUACUGCGUCAAAUGGAGAAGGUUCUCAAAGGACAAGAGGUCCGAUUCACAGAAGGGCUUCGGAUUAUGAAGUCCAAACUCACCAAUCUUCAAAACUCCGUGUUGAAGUUCCCGCAGUCAGACCAGUCUUCAUCCCAGAUUUCAUGUCCACCCCUGACGGCUCCCGCCCAUGGAAGAAAGUUCGGGUCGAAAUACCUGGUGGGUCACGAGGUCCAUUUCACGUGUUCUCAGGGUUAUCGUUUGAUGGGACAAGGAACACGCGUGUGCCAGGAGAACGGCACCUGGAGUGGAGGCAAUGUCGGCUGUAAAGAUGUGAGUGUAUGCAGCAGUAACCCGUGCCAGAACGGUGCCACCUGUGUGGAGACACCGAACCAGUACAAGUGCACCUGUGCACAUAACUGGAGUGGAAGCCACUGUCAGUAUCGAACACAAACAGCUCCUCCAGAAUGGAGCGUCACGAAUGAUCCGGCUUUCAGCCGCAAACCCCGCUGUGCAAAAGUGGACCGAACCCAGCACUGUAGCUGUGACGCUGGCUUUCAUAUGAGCGGAACCUCAGACAACAGCAUCUGUCAGGAUGUGAAUGAAUGUGAGGUGUAUAAGACUGAGCGUGGAGGGUCUCUAUGCCCUCACGUCUGUGUAAAUGUCCCAGGAUCUUACCACUGUUCCUGUCCCACCGGUUACAAACUCCUCGCUGAUGGAAGGAGCUGUGAAGAUGAGGAUGAAUGUCAUACACAACAACACAACUGCACCCGUGGCACCACCUGUAUCAACACCGGAGGAGGAUUCCAGUGCGUGAACCCCGAGUGUCCGCGCUCGCAGCCUAACAUCAGUUAUGUGAAGACCUCAUCUUUUCAAUGUGAAAGAAAUCCCUGCCCCAUGGAUAGCCCCUCCUGUCCAUUGGCGGCAAAGACCAUCUCAUAUCACUACCUGUCCCUCCCAUCCAAUCUGAGAACCCCCGCCACCCUGUUUCGAAUGGCCACAGCGACCGCUCCCGGUCGGCCCGGUCCCGACAGCCUCCGUUUCGGGAUCGCCGGAGGAGGUGACGCAAGGAGUUUGUUUGUCAUGCAGCGCUCGGACCGACAAACCGGUGAACUUAUCCUGGUUCAACCGCUACGGGGCCCUCAAGAGCUCAGCGUGGAGGUAGAGAUGUCCGAAUACGCCGAUCGCACCUUCCAAGCUAAACAUCUGGCCCGGGUCCACCUUCUGGUUUCGGCCUAUGAGUUCUGAAGAGGUUGGGAUAUCUGAUGUGUCUAUAUUAAGUGGUAAUGUUUAGACUUAAAGGAAAAGAUUUGGAGGGAAGAAUGUUUGCAAAGUCUGAAUAAUCGAGUUGUACGUAAAGGCAGCACAGGGUUUAAUGUUGGGGUGCUACAAAAAUGAACCAUGUGGAAAAUGUAAUGCUCUAAUGGAACUGAUACUGAUGUUUCAACUCUAAUGCUUUUGCUUUAACGGCCGGUACAGUUUUUUUUUGUAAAAGGUGAAGUGUGGCUUUAUUUGGAGGUUAAACACCAGUUUAUGUCUAAAUGCAAAUAUAAAUAAGCUUGUUACCUGAAAAGUGUAAACACUGUCUGUAGCAAUGCUUUGGUUGUUUGACAUCCAUCAUCCAACUUAUGGCUGUCAAAACAAUAAAAAAACACAAUCAUUAGAUUUGCAACUUUACACUUCACCAAACCAAACUGCAACGCACAGUUGACUUAAGAAUUAUUUUAUAGUCAAUAUGCAUUAUGCAUUUAAGGAAAAAUUCUUACACAAAAUGUUUCCAAUUUACAAAAAAAGAUAUUUGUUUGUUGAAUUUGUAAAGAAAACACAAACAAACACUGACAAAGUGUUUGUCUGGAUGAUGUCAGCAGUUACAAUGAAUAAAUGCUACGGAAUGACUGCCCGAAGACAUAAAAAUUAAACAAACCUCAGAAACAUCCUGAGAGAUUGCUUCUUUGUAUAAUCCUUGUUAAACAGUUAAAGACCAAUAUCUUAAAGGGAAAUUCCACCUUUUUUUGGAAAAUAUGCUCAUUUUCCAGCUCCCCUAGAGUUAAACAUUUGAUUCUUACCGUUUUGGAAUCCAUUCAGCUGAUCUCCGGGUCUGGUGCUAGCACUUUUAGCAUAGCUUAGCAUAAUGCAUUGAAUCUGAUUAGACCAUUAGCAUCGCGCCUAAAAAAAUAACCAAAGAGUUUUGAUAUUUAUCCUAUCUAAAACUUGACUCUUCUGUAGUACGCAGUGCCCGAAAAAUUGUCCCCCUUGGUUACUUUCAAUAGCAGGGGACUAUUUUCGGGCACCGCGUAAUAUCACUACGCCUGCUGCCGCCAUGUUACAUCAGCAAAGUCCAUGAUUAUUACGCCCGUUUGAGAGUAUAGUUCCUAACCAUAUCUGCCUAGAAAAUCGCAACUUUAAAUUUUCCGUCAGUCUUAGUACUUUAAGCCCAAUGCUAAUGGUCUAAUCAGAUUCAAUGGAUUGUGCUAAGCUAUGCUAAAAGUGCUAGCGCCAGACCCAUAGAUCAGCUGAAUGGAUUCCAAAACAUUAAGAAUCAAAUAUUUACCUCUAGGGGAGCUGGAAAAUAAGCAUAAAAAAAGUGGAAUGUCCCUUUAAACUUCAGUUUAAAGCUUGUAAAUGUGCACUGCUGUCAAUCAGUUUGUUUGUUUGUUUGUUUGUUUAUUAAUGUUUGUAACAACAGCACCUCUCAGCAUAGAUGAUUUUUUUAUCUUUCAUAUAUGUUGGAUGUUUUUGUUUAUUAAGAAUGACCUGAAUCUGAACAUUUCUAUUAAAUAUACUGCUGUUCAGACUUGCCUUGUCAUGUUAGUGUAUAUCAGGGUUUGUAUCUCAAAUUGAAAUCAAUAGCUAUUUUAAACAUUAUUGAAUUGCAUUUUACUGUCGUGCACACACUUUGUUUCUAAAUAAAGUCAGACAUUUAUUGUG